AUGCAAAGUGCCGGCAGUGUGGAGGAACCAAGUACAGCAGUACCUUUGUUAGACGAUUCAUCUUCAACAUCAAAACACGAAGAAGAUGAUCAUCUAGAUAAGAAGCUUUCACAGAAAGUGUGGAUUGAAUCGAAGAAGCUAUGGCAUGUCGUUGGCCCCGCCAUCUUCAACCGUGUCGCAACCUACUCCAUGUUAGUCAUCACCCAAGCCUUCGCCGGCCACCUCGGUGACCUCGAGCUCGCCGCCAUGUCCGUUGCCAGUAAUAUCGUUUUGGGGUUCAACCUUGGCCUCUUGCUGGGAAUGGCAAGUGCCUUGGAAACACUAUGUGGGCAAGCUUAUGGGGCCAAGCAGUACCACAUGUUGGGUGUAUACCUUCAACGUUCAUGGAUAGUUCUCUUCCUCUGCUGCAUAUUGCUUUUACCACUCUACAUAUUUGCUACUCCGAUUCUAAAGCUAUUGGGACAGCCAACGGACAUGGCGGAGCUAUCUGGGUUUGUGUCUUUAUGCUUCAUUCCUCUUCACUUCUGCUUUGCUAUUCAGUUUCCUCUGCAGAGGUUCUUGCAGAGCCAGCUGAAGACGGCGGUGAUAGCAUGGGUGUCGGUGGGGGCGCUAGUGGUGCAUGUGGUGGUGAGCUGGUUGUUCGUGUAUGGAUUUGAGCUUGGACUGGUGGGAGCUGCUCUUACUAUAACUUUCUCGUGGUGGAUAAUAACGGUUGCAUUGUUUUGUUACACUGNGAUUUGA